UCAUGACUGCUAAGGAUUGUCCAUCAUUGUGGAGCUUUGGAACAACAAAGACAUUUAAAAUUCCUGUUGAGCAUUUGGAUUUCAAGUAUAUUGAAAAAUGUUCAGAUGUGAAACACCUGGAAAAAAUUCUUUGCGUGCUGAGAUCCGGUGAAGAAGGCUAUUAUCCUGAACUCACAGAGUUUUGUGAAAAGCGCCUCACGGGCUUGGCUCCUGAAAGUCGAGCUCUGAGGAAAGAUAAGCCUGCAGCCACAGCGUCCAGCUUUACAGCGGAGGAAUGGGAAAGAAUCGACAGUGACAUAAAGAGUUGGGUAUCAGAAAUCAAAAGAGAGGAAAAUACACGACACUUCCAUGACCCCGAAACACACCGAGGAGUGGAAGAUCAUCUGCCUCCAGUUCGUGGCUCAGACAGCAGCCCUCACUGUGGCAAGGAAAGCUAUUCUAAAAGCAAGCCAGCUAAGAAGAAAAUCCCAAGGGAUUAUUCGGAGUGGGAUAAAUUUGAUGUGGAAAAAGAAUGUUCAAAAAUUGAUGAAGAUUACAAAGAAAAGACUAUAGUAAACAACAAGGCUCAUUUGUCUAAAAUUGAGAAAAAAAUAGACACAGCAGGUUUAACCGAGAAGGAAAAGAGCUUUCUUGCCGAUCGUGAAAAGAGUAAAGGAAAUGAGGCUUUCUAUGCAGGGGAUUAUGAAGAGGCCGUGAUGUAUUACACCAGGAGCUUAUCAGCCCUUCCCACCACAUCUGCCUACAACAAUCGAGCACAAGCGGAAAUCAAAUUACAUCGAUGGAGUGGUGCUCUCCUAGACUGUGAGAAGGCCUUGGAGCUAGAGCCUGGAAACAUAAAAGCUCUCCUGAGACGUGCUACCGCGUACAAACAUCAAAACAAGCUCCAGGAGGCUGGGGAAGAUCUGAAGGCAGUACUUCGUGUGGAGCCUCAUAACGACUUGGCCAGGAAAACCUUGUCAGAGGUUGAAAGUGACCUGAAGAAAUCGGAAGCCGCCUGUGAGCCCCAAACCAAAGGGAAAAGGAUGGUUAUUGAGGAAGUAGAGAACUCAGAAGAUGAAGGUGAAAAGGGAAGCCAAGAUAAAUGUGAAGACGGUGGUGCCGAUACAGCCAGCAGCGCCAUGGGCAACAUCCAGAAGAAACUGCUGGGCCGGAGCGAGGGUGGCAGGCGGUCGCGGCGGGGCCGGACCCCGGGGCCCCGAGCCGAGCAGCGGGGAGGCCUGCCUGAGCCAGCGACGGCCGGAGGCUGCGACAACCCGUACCCCAGGGAGCCCCGAGCCGCCGAUGGUCCCGGUGACCUCAAGAGGCACGGCAACGAGCUGUUCCGCGGCGGGCAGUUCGCCGAGGCGGCCGCGCAGUACUCCGCAGCGAUAGCGCAGCUGGAACCGGCAGGAAGCGCAAGUGCAGAAGAGCUAAGCAUCUUGUAUUCAAACAGAGCAGCAAGCUAUCUCAAGGAAGGGAACUGCAGCGGCUGCAUCCAGGAUUGUAACAGGGCUCUGGAACUUCACCCAUUCUCAGUGAAGCCUCUUCUGCGACGAGCAAUGGCCUACGAAACCUUAGAGAAAUAUGGGAAAGCUUACGUGGAUUAUAAAACAGUGUUGCAGAUAGACUGUGGAAUCCAGCUGGCAAGCAGCAGUAUUAACAGGAUAACAAAAAUAUUAAUGGAGGUAGAUGGACCAAAAUGGCGGGAGAAUUUGCCACCCAUCCCAGUUGUACCUACGUCUGAGCCACCACAAGUUCAGCAUCCUGCUGCAGAGACCCCAGACCAAGAGCCACAUCCCAGCGGUUGCCCACCGGGCAUCACAGAUGAAAAAAUGUUUCAAGUCCUUAAGGAAGAAGGAAAUCAACUUGUAAAGGACAAAAACUAUAAGGAUGCCAUUAGUAAAUACAGCGAGUGCUUAAAAAUUAACAGCAAGGAGUGUGCCAUCUAUACAAACAGAGCCCUCUGUUACUUGAAGCUGGGCCAGUUUGAAGAGGCGAAGUUGGACUGUGAUCAGGCGCUUCAGAUAGAUGGAGAGAACAUGAAAGCUUGUUACAGACUAGCGCUCGCCCAGAAAGGACUCAAGAAUUGCCAAGAAAGCUUAGGCGACCCCAGUGAAGCCCUUCUACACCCAGACAUGGGUGGGACAAAGAUGGAGCUGCAGGAGGCAACCACACACCCCGACACUAAGAACGGCACAGCGCCUCCCAGCAAAGGAAGGGGGAGGAGGAGAAUCGAAGUCCAAGAGGUGAAUGAAAGCAGUGAUGAGGAGCCCGAGAGACCUGCAGAGGCCUCUGUUGCCUCCCCGUCUGCCAAGGAGGGAGCUGGUGGUGGAGGGUCUGCAGAACACUCUGAAAAGCUUGAGGUCUCCAAGCCUAGCAACGCCUAUGAGUUCGGACAGGUUCUCAACACUAUCUGCACCAAGAAAGACGCAGAGGCCUGUGCACAUCUGUUAGCCAUAACCACACCCAAAGAUUUGCCAGUGUUGCUAAGUAACAAAUUGGAAGGGGACAUGUUCCUCCUCUUCAUUCAGUCCCUGAAGAGUCACCUCGUGGCCAAGGACCCCUCACUGGUGUACGAACAUCUCUUGUACCUGAGCAAAACACAGAGGUUUAAGAUGACCCUGACACUAAUUAACGAAGGCCAAAAGGAGCAGAUGGCACAGCUGCUGGACAGCCUAUCACCCGCGCCAGCCGAUUGUUUUACUGUGGAGGAUGUGCAGGCCCUAAGAAGGCAGUACGAGCUUUAACAUGGAUGCCAAGUUCCCGACACUCCUAGACAGCAUU